AUGACAUCAAAAAUAGAUAAAAGCCCACACAAUAAUGAUAAUGAUUCACUCAUACAGUAUGCCCUCACAUCGGAUGACUAUUUAGACCAGUUUGCGCCCAUAAUAAAAGCUGAAUUGGCGAACAAAGAGUCUUUGGAUGAUUUGAUAUCGAGACUUGAUUGCGCGUACAAAGAAAAGGAAGAUACCCUUGAAGGAGCUUCCUUUAACUCAAUAGACAAGCUGACCAGCUCAAUUGAAAACAUAUCUGAAGUAUCAAAAUCUUCAGGGCAAAUAGGCCAAGAGAUCACAUCCAUAAAUGGCCAGCUUAGAAAGACAGGAUUGGAUUAUCUGGAUAAGAAGAAAACUGCUCUCAAAUACAAGCGUCUCCAUAAUAAGAUAUCAGAAACCACAUUGACAAUAAACCUGUGCCUGGAUAUGCUUGAUAAAACAAACAAGGUGUUUGAACUAUUUCACAACAAAAGCUACUAUAAAGCUUUAAUUAACUUGAACUUGCUGAUAAAAAGUCGAUCUGAAGACAUUGAAAUGUUCGAGUUCACUCAGAAAAUUCAUAACUCGCUACCGACGAUCAAGCAGCUUAUCAUAGAUGAGACAUUUAAUCAACUAAUAAGAUGGUUCAAUGUUAGCUUUGAGAAAAAUCUUACGGCAAUCGGAGAACAAAUGUUCGAGCAUUUUGAGAAGCUCAAUCAAGCAUGGGCUGAGCAGCAACAGCAGGACGAAAGUUUGCUUCCUUUCAAGGUUAAUACGCCUUUGGAAAGGGCUUUCAGAAAUGAUGAGCUUAAAUCUUUCAACCCCCUCUCGAAUGACAAAAUUCAGAUUGAUCUUGGUCCAGUUUAUCAUUCUAUAAUGGUGUUCGAACUGAUCGAUGAAUUUGAUAGACUUAAAGAUGACUUUUCGAACGAACUGCUACGAAAGCGUGAUCGACUGAUCUACCCUAUAAGAGAGGCGCUCGAGACGCACAAAUUGGACAUGUUUUCCAAUAACGAGUCCCUAAAAAUUAUUAUCUACUCGCUCGCUGCCUUUUUCGUGACGGAUAGAUUGAUUGCAGCCAAAACAGAAUACCAAUUGAGAAACAAAAAGCAAACAGAUGAUCUAUUCAAUUCCGUCAUUACAAAAUUCAUUCCAAUACUUAAAAGGCAUAUUGAGAAAUAUCAUGAUGACUUUCAAAAACUGAAAGAUUUGAACGAAAUUGUCGGCAUAUUUGUCCAGAUUCUGGAAAAUUAUGAGUUCAGUGUGGAUGCGCUCUAUGAGGUGCUUCUUACGCUAUUACAACAAUAUAUCAGGACGCUGACAAAAGACUUUGAGCUUGAUUAUCAAAACUUGUCUUUUGAAGAAAACCCACAGCCUAUCACUAUUGAGAAUAAGACUCAGCUAAACAAUGUUCAGGCAAACUGUUUCCACCAAUUCAAGGAUAAUAUAGCAGAGUUUCCAGUUGUACUUCCAUUCUCGAUAAUCUACGUGGCUACUUGUCUAAAGAUGAGGGGAUUUAUUCAUGAUGUUUACGAAUUUGUUGGAAAAUACUAUACCCAUCAAAAUUCGGAGAUCCUAAAGCUUAUUGGUAGAUCCGUGGAUCAUGUUCUUAUUAAUAUUGUGUUGAAGGAUCUCAAAACGAAAAUUGACUCUUCAUAUAAGGAAGAAGUCUCCCAAAAUCUCAUUAAUCUAGAGUUUUUUUCCAGGUCCGUGGUUGAAAUUGAAAAUUAUCUUAACUACUCCAGCGAUCCCACCAUCGCAAGAUGCAGGUCAUCAUCGCUAUUGAUCCGCUUACGGGCUCAAAAAGAAUUUCAAACGAUACAGUCGAAAGCUGAAGAAGGUAUGUUUGAUAUGGUGGACUCCAAAAUUGAUAUGUUGUUUGACAUGGUCGAUUUUGAUUGGGAGUCUAAGGAGGUCAACGAGGAGCCUAGCAUUGGUAUCAAAGAUAUGGGGCUAUUUUUGGAAAACAUAUUUGUGCUUGACUUUUCGCACCUUCCGUACACAAUCAAAUCCUUGUUGCUGAUUAGAACGUUUGACAAGAUUGUCACUUUUUUCAAGAAGUCAAUAUACCAGACUGAUUUUAUCACAAACGAGAGUAUAUUGAAUUUUGAGACGGACAUCAAGUAUAUUGAAUCUAUUAUUCCUGGCCUUAAGCAACAGAGAACAUCGGCGCGGCAUUUAACUGCUGACUCAGAAACUUCCAAUUCGACAUUUCAGACAAUAUUUGCUGGUCUGACACAAAUCAUAGACCUUUUAAAGGAUGGAAAUCUGGAAUCCUACAAAGACGAGACUACACGAAUGCGCAAAUUCAAUACCAUUUUGCCGGAAGAGGCGAUCGAGUUGAUUCAGAAACUGGAAAAUUAUCAGGUGCUAAAACGAGAGAUGUCAGAGUCAGAGCAACAAGAGCCUGUGGAUCCUAAUAACGGGUCGAACGGAGAUUCCGCACGGACAAUGUUUGGUUUCAAAAGAUCGAAUACUACCGCUUCUCUUACAUCUCCUUCAAAGAUGUCAAUGUUCAAAAGACAGAUUUCCUAG